AUGUAUAACUUCUCCGAAUCCCUACAUUGGGGUAGUUUCAUAACUACUGCUAUCUCUAUCAAUAUCUUCUGGUGGAUCUGGGAUAUCCCUCUUAUUUGGAAGCGGGGAUUUCGUGCUUAUGUCGACGCAAUUACCUGGGAAUGUGUGCGAGUUUACAUGCCUUCCGUCGCUGGGGUCUUUGCGAUAUACCAUACAAACAAUCGCUCCCGCUGGCCAAAGCUCUAUUAUUUUGGUGGCCGAGAUGAAUCUCUUACAGAGGGUAUGACUGACGCCGAAGUUACAAGGAUAGUACUGACAGAUUCAUUGACCAUCACCGCGACUAUCCUAACGAUAUCUAAAUUCUACAUCGAGCCAUCGGGUCUUAUAUUCACCACAGCGCUUUGGGCAUUUCCGAGCCUUCAAGUUUCCCUGGUCGGUAUCUGUAUUGUUGGCGCAUCAUAUACCAAAACAUGCCCGAGACGAAAUAUACUUAUAGGCGGAGCGUUGUUUAUCUUUGCGGCCGGAAUCUGUAUAGGGAUUAUUUUGAUGUGUUUAAGUUUGUCGCACAUUCAAGCAUGGCUACCGACGACUAUGCUGUACUUUUUCAUGGCAUCUCCCUUUUGCCUGUACACGCAUGGUGCUUUAAUCGCACUCAUCGUGCUAGUAGCGACAAUAGCUCGGGUUGGAGGCUUGGCUGUUACUGCACUGAUCCCAAGGAAUGUCAUGCCGUCGAUAUCUCUAAAACAUCCAUUAUUUGGAACUGUAUACCUAAUUGUGGGAAUUGCUGGAGGUAUAUUAGCAAUUUAUGGCAGGUUUCGGUCAAGGCAUAUGUGCCUGGUUCUUAAACAGGGGGGAGCAGAAACGGAUGUGAAGACUUCGAUGCUAAGUAACGGCAUAGCAUCAUUAAAUGCGCUUCAAACCCGGCUUCGCAGAAACCUUCAGGGAAAACAUGUUUCUGAGAAAGAUGGAGAGGCUGUGAAAUGCGCAACAUGGCCUCAGCGACAAAAUGAGACUCAUUGGCCGAUAAUACAACCGCCGGAACAAGUAUAUUUUUCCGAAUUAAUGGCGGAGGAGUGCACUCGACCGUCCCCACCUGUACAUAGUACGCCGGAUGUGGGGAUUCGAAGAACUAUAUCAGCCCAGCAGGUUCCGCCAGACGUGAUCCAAGUUGUCAAUAUCCCCAAGUGUUCGGAAUCUAUAGAUUCCAUAUUCCUCGGUGAUAGAGCGCGGGCGCGGUCAAUACGGAUAAAACGGAAACCGGUCGGGAGCGGCUCUUUGAAGACGCCAGGGGUAAAUGGUUCCUCACAGAGGGCAACACCAUGUCAAAGUAACGAUCAUGACAAAUAUAUCACAAACAUACAAAAACCAUUACUUAAUCCUUACCAACAACCUAAUAAUACUAAUAAUUUUUCUGACCAGAAGGUCGAUCGGACGGCGAAACAGGGCUUAAUCAGUCCCCCGUCACCCCAGACGGCGGCCAGAGGCCAGGUACAUCAGCCGGGCAAUAAACGAAGAGCGCAAUACUUUGAAGCAGAAACCGGCAAGGUACACAUCGGAACAGGUGACCUGAAGCCUAGACAGCUGAGCUUGAAGUCAAAACCGUUACCUAAACCACCCCCUGCCAGCGCCAGUACUGUGGUCAAGUUAAAGAAUUAG